UUAUGUUAUGUUUGUUACCCUUAUCAACCUUAAUAAAUCGAUGUCGUAGAAAAUUGGCACAAAGAAGUCUGCUUUCGAGUUGAAAAGGAUGGCCAUAUAUGUUAUGUUUCUAGGGGAUGUCUCUGCUCGCUAAUCGAUAUGCCAUAACAAUAGUUGUCAAGAUAACAAACGAAUUCAUUUACAGUUAUUACAGGAGAAUCCCGAUGACCGUAAUGGUUGACAAUUUAAAUGGUGAUACUUCUUACAGUGUUAUUUGAUCUGCAGAAAUUCAUGUGUUCGUUCUAUAAACAUCCAUACCCAUUAAACAUCAAAGAUAUAUUGACUGAUUAAUUAACAUCUAUUUGCAGGUGUAAAAUGGGUAACAGUGCAUCUAUGCCAAGUAACAGUCCCAGUCCAGUUUCUAAGCAAAAAUCGCCAGUUAAAAACGAGCGCACUCCUCAAACUACAGCACCUCGAAAAGGACAACAAUUUCAAGAGGUACAGCUCGCCCCUCCUGUUGAAGAUAAACGAAACAGUGAAAGCCGUGCAUCCCCAUCAACGAAUAGUUCGUCAUUGCCGAGUGACAACGCAAGCAGUCGAAAUACAAUGAGUAGCAGAAACACUAGUAGUGGAAAUGAUAAUGCGAGUAGCCGAAAUUCGGGAAAUGAAGCAGCAACAACCUGUGAAGGAGAUGAAAUAGUAUUUGAAACUUUUGUUAGAGAUGGUAAAGAAUUUCAGUGUAUGUAUACUGGUGGAAUGCGGUUUUAUUUAGACGAUUGGCAUUCUAAGCAAUGGCAGCCAUUUCCACAAAGAUGGUACAAGGAGGGUAAAUUUGUGAAUGCUAACGUACUAAAUGAUACACAGCCUGCCAAACAACAAACUACAGCAAGCAAUAAUACACAGAACAAAUCAGACCAACGAACGGAACAGCCAGUAGAAACGAGGAAAGAUGAUCGCGAGGGAAUAAUUUCUCAUCCAAAACGAGGAAAUAUUAGAACAUAUUUAUUUAAGGAAAAACAUUAUAUUCAUUGUUUCUAUGACGCAACAACUGGAGAAUGGAUGAGGUUACCUUUAGGUUGGGAACUACGUCACGCUUUAGUGAAAGAAAUGGUAGACCAGGUUGAGGAAGCAUUACCUAAUUGGAAGAAUCGACCACAUAUAUUAGCAUCAUUGAGAGCUUGUAAUUAUAAUCCGGAUGAAUGCAUAUCAUUAUAUUUACAUCUAGAAAACGAUGUGUGGUUAACUGCUCCAAAAACAUCCCAAGAAGAAAACACCCUGAAGAAUAAGAAUUUCGAAAUCAAGGAAUUAGAAAACAAAGUUAAACAACUGGAAACGGAGGUUAGAAAUGAAGGAAACCUUAGAAAAGAAGCAGAGAAUCAGGUUAUGAUAUUACAAGAAAAACUGAGCACACUAGAAGCUAAAUCGGGUAUGGCGGUUGCUCAAGUUGAAGCUAUGCAACAAACAAGACCAAGAACAGCACGACCGAAAACACCACAGGCACAGAAAACGGUGAUAGAAGAGAGGUUUCCUGUGGAAGAUUUGGAUGAACUCAAUUUGAAAACAACCGAAAUUCAUAAGAGUCAUUCACAAUUAAAACAUACAGUUGAGAGACAACUUGAUAUAUUCGCAACUACUGUUAGACAGGUUAACGAGGCUUUUCUUAAAUUGUCUAAAGUCGAUAAUUCUCAUAUGGCAGAACUUGAAGAAAUCAAAAGCUUAUAUCAAAAAGAAUGUUUGCAAAGAAAGUUAUUAUAUAAUAAGCUGCAAGAAUUACGUGGUAAUAUACGUGUGUUCUGUCGACCAAGAAAGGAUAAAAAUGUUCAAAAUUGUUUAGAUUUUUCUACAGAAAACGAACUUGUGUGCAGUAACAAAGACGGAAAUAAAAAAUCAUUUAGUUUUGAUAAAGUUUACAACACUAACUGUUCCCAAGAGGAGGUUUUUGCUGAUACUAAGCCCGUAAUUACAUCGUGUGCCGAUGGGUAUAAUAUAUGUUUGAUGGCAUAUGGACAAACUGGUUCAGGAAAAACAUUCACUAUGAUGGGUACAGAUUCUAAUCCUGGAAUUAAUAUACGGGCGUUAUCUGAAUUACUGUCAGUAUGUGCAGAAAGAGCUGAGACGAAAGAAUAUAACCUAAAGCUUUCGAUGGUAGAAAUCUACAACGAGACUGUGAUUGAUCUAUUGGCGGCUAAUAGUAAAACUGUUGAACUUCGAGCUGCUGGUAAUAAUUUUAGAAUACCUGGUUUAACAGAACUUGAUAUAACCACGGAAUCAGAAAUCAAAGAGGCAAUGGAAAUGGGUGAUAAGAACAGAUCUGUAGCUUCAACUAAAAUGAAUUCCACUAGUUCACGUUCUCAUUUAGUACUGAUGCUUACAAUAGAAGGCAAAGACAAAAUUAACGGGUCAAUAUCUAAAGGGGUGUUAACACUAUGCGACUUAGCUGGUUCUGAAAGAAUUGGUAAAACUGAGGCAUCUGGCCAGAGAUUAAUUGAAGCAGCUGCUAUUAAUAAAUCUCUAUCAGCGCUUGGACAGGUUUUUUCGGCUCUGAGGACUAGCCAAAUGCAUGUUCCCUACAGAAAUUCAAAACUAACGCAAAUUUUACGUCCAUGUUUAGGUGGAGAUGCAAAGGCAUGUGUAUUUGUUAAUAUUAGUCCAGAUGUUAACAACUAUCCCGAAACGUGCAAUACUUUAGAGUUCGGUGCAAAUGCUCGCCAGGUUGCACUUGGUCAGGUCAAACAGAACAUAAAGAAGGGUCGUGGUGGCAGUGGAGAUUGAAAAUAUAUAAUUUAUUUUUAUCCUAGAUUACACUGUAUGCAUGCUGUACUCUUUUAUUUAUUGCAAGUUGUGUGUUAAUUUGGUCAAUCGUAGGCUACACGUUGCAAUUUGUUAUAUCAUAUUCAACGAUUUGAAUUCGACCGGCAAAAUUUCAUUUACCAAAAAAUAUAUUUUUUGAAUAUUUUACUGAAAUGAAAAUGGGCUUUGACGUCCUACGGUUCUGUUCCGAUUGGGCUAAUGAAGACACAAUAUUUUAUUGAUCAUGGAAUAAAUUAUUUUUGUGAUACUUUUUCAAAAAAAAAAAAUAUUUUCCCAAUGGCAAUAAGUCCCUAAAUUACAAAAAGUCCCCAAGUUACUGGAUAAUUAUGUCUAUAUAUUUAUCGAAGUUCUAGCGAACAAUAAAAGUCCUUACGCAAAUCUAGUGAACAUUCCCCUUUAAGAUAAUUGGUCAGUUUUCUCACAUUUUGGCUUUUGAUUGGCAUACUGAGUAUGUUCAUAUAAAUAAUAUAUAUUUUAUAUAAUCAUCUGCAUGUAUAUAUCAUAAAUCAUUCGAUUUUUUUUCAUAUCAAAUGGAACUUGACCAAAAUCAUUUAAUGAGCAUUGGGAUUAAAUAUAGAAUUCAAAAAUCCAAUUUUGCACAUUGAUUUACCAGCAUAUGGUAAUUUUUUUAAUUGUCACAUGUGCGAUGCUAGAAAAAAAGGGGGCAGGGGUAUUUUGCUCGCCGUGAAUAUAAUCCUGUUUCGUUUCGUUUUUUAUAGUUCAAAAUUUCGUUCUACCUGUCUUUACUACACUAGGAUCCGGAAGAGUUGUUAUAUAUUCCGCCUCCUGGUUGAUGUGAGGGAUUAACCAAUGAAACGGUCUGUUACGGCGAGGUCUUGGCGCGCUGUGUACUGAACUGUGGGUAUCCCACUAGACACAUCAACGCUGACUGGUUAAUCAGAUGUCUGACGUCAUAGGUUAAAAGUCAGCCGUGUGACCCCUGACACAACCUUCCAUUGCAACCGAUCAGAUCUUCAUGUAGUGGAGGUCAUCGAAAGUAUAAAAAACGAAACGAAAUAUUGAUCUUUAUUUUAAUCAGAUUGCCGUGAAUAUGGACUUAAUGUGACAAUUAUUUCGAAUGGCCUAAAGUUCGGGCUUUUUUAUGGCUAUAAAGAUUAAGAUCAUCGGAGUGUUCGAAAAGUCAAGAUAUGGCAUGGAUUUUUAUUUGAAGAUAAUAGUGAUAUAAUUACCAGUCGGAAACCAUAAUUGUGAUAUUAGGAGUUAUUUCCCUUAUUUUAAAUUUUACCCAAGACGACCACACAUCCUAAGGCGUGUUCAUUCAUCUUAUUAAUUAAAUGACAUGAAAUGGGGUUUAACCAUGGAAAGGUCCAUGGUUUAACGUACUACUUUUCUGCACCGACUAGGCUAAUGAUGACGGGGCCUUAUAAAUGAAUCGUGUUGUAAUUGAAUAGUCCACCAAUAGUCGCCAUCGUUAAAGAAGCAUAAAUUGUGUGCAUUUCAUGUGUGAUAUCUGUAUAUUUUGUGAUAUGUAUAUAGGCUAAUGAUAUAUUUCAACUGCUGAUUUAAAAAUAAAACGAAUAAAACCGCCAAUAUCUCCGUCCAUUAUAUAAUGUAUAAAUAGUUAAUUUAAUAUGUAGAUGGCUAACAAUUCUGUCCGUUAUAAUGUGCACAUUAACUAACAGCUCCGCCUAUUCUAUAAUAUGUAAGUAUCUAAUAACCCCGUCUGUUAUAUUUGGGUGAGACAGCUUACAAUUCCGUCCGUUGUAAAGUAUAGAUAGCUAACAAUUAUAUCGCCUGUGUAGAUAGCUAACACAUUCUCCCAUUAUAUAAUGUGUAUAUAUAGCUGUAAAUAAACCCGUCCGUUACAAUGAUAAUGUGAUAAAAUGGCCACUGUAGGUAUAAGCCACACCAUUUGGAAAUUCUUUUAUUAUUUUUAAAAUCGUUUACGAAUAGAAAAAGUGAUUUCGACUAUUGUUGUAUACAUUAUUUAUUUCAAUAUUUUUUAUGUUGAACCUAUUACUUUCUGGUCUGCUUUCAUUCUGACACUUGUCGUAUGUUAUGCGUUUUGUGUUUAUCAUUCAUCUUUUAAAAUUGUAAACAAAUAUAUGUUCUAGAUAGUCUGUUAUGUAAAGCGCCUCGAAAAACUUCGGUGAAGACAGGACUACAUAAAUGUUUUACAAUAACAAAUAAUACUGAAUAAUGUUUUGUAUAUUAUGUAUGCCUAAUACUUUACUUAGAAAAAUGUCACGGCUGACAAAUAAGUUACGUAGCCAAUCUGGGUGCCCACUCGGCAAACCUCAGCAGAUUCCAGUACCCUACAUCUAGAUGUAGAGUAACGGAAUCAGCCGGGGUUUGCCGAGUGACUGGGUGCCAUGUCAAUCAGGAACAACCAUCUGAGCCUUUUAAUGAAAUGACCUUCUGGUUUAUUGUUUAAAGGGUAUUAGGUAAGAUUAGAUAUAUAGCUGACAGUUCUCGCUAUGAUAGUUACAAAAUAAAUAAUGAAAAGAGAAUAUCUUGAAAAUUUGUGUUACAUUACUUCAUUCUGCAGAACAGUCAUUACUAGCGUUGUUACGAUAAUAAACAGAGAACUGACAAUCGUGUUUAAAUCCAUUGAAAACCAAAACCAUCCGAUGGUCUACAGAGUUGAUUAUGGGCUUGACAUGUGGAUAAAUGUCGAUAUAUAUAACAUUUGAGGCCAAACAGGCAGAUUUAGCUCUUAAAUAAUGCUUUUUUUAGGGGCAUGCGUCUAAUUAUGUUUUCCAAAUGGUGUGGGUCAUACAUUAUAGUGCCUAAGUUAGUUGUUUGUAGCAAUGCUUUAAGUUACUAGUAUAUGUGCUACAUGUAUUUUGAAUUAAAUUAACAAAAUUAUUGCUAGAGCGAUCUUAGAAUUCUGUAUUAACAUUGGAGAUAAAAUAAAUAUGGAUGUUAAUUUAAAUUUUCUCAAAACCAACCAGAAACGUGUAUUUAUUAAAGGAGCUAAAUCUCUAAAUCAGUAUUUUUCCAUAAUAUUUGAAAUUAAAAAACAAUAUUAAUACUUAUUAAAAGAGCGAAAUCUCUAACUUCAUAUUUUCUAUUAUAUUAAAAAUCAAAAACGCUAAUUAGAAUUCAAUAUUGGUCAAAUUCAAUCAAUUUUGGUGUUGUUAUCUUGCCGUGAAAAUAUAGGGUCCUAAUAUCCAAUGUUUAAAACACAAUUAACAUUUUAUAGUCAGUACACAAGUCGUGUAUUCUAUGGUUUCGGGUGCCAUCUUGUAAUGAAAAAAUAAAAGCAUAUCCUACAAGACAAAGUGGAAGUAAUUAGUAAAGGUUGAUUCACAAACGACAAAAUAAUAAUUAAAAAAAAUGUGUAGAAUGGACUAAGCUUGCGUAAUCCUCUGCCGUUCAAUUUGAACUGUUCAUUUAUUUCACCGAACAUAAUUGAUUAGAAAUUACAAUAUUAUUUUCGAAAAUUGAAUAUAAAUCACCAUUUUCGUCUAUUUCAAGGUACCAAAAAAUAGAGCCAUACGCCCUUUAAAAAUACAAAACAAAAUGGCGUCUAUGAUAUUUUGAUGAUUUAUUGUACCAUUUUAAAAGCUACAUUAUAAAACCAAUCAUGCGUUGAAAUAAUUUAUGGCUUGAGCUUGAGACACUCUCAAUUGGAUUUACCUCCCCUUAGCUACAGAUCGCUUCUUGAAUGUGAAUUGUUUUUAUAAUUGCGAAAGGUAACGAAGGCUGCUGUUCUGAGAAAUUGUUGAGUACUUAUCAAAACAGAUAUGGAUGCUGUAUUAAAUAAGAAAUAAAGUUAUUGUUACAGUUUA